AUGGCUACGCAGAAGGCCUACCGCCUACACUCUUAUGGAGGACCCGAGUGUAUCCAGUUGGACGACGUCCCAGUACCAACGCCAGCGUCGUCGGAGAUUCUAGUUGCCGUAGGCGCUGUUAGCCUUAAUCCUAUUGACUGGAAAAUUCGCGAAGGCCAUGUUCGCGAUGUUUUUCAUAUCGAUCUGCCAAAGAUUCUGGGCGUUGAUUUUGUUGGUACAGUCGUCGCGCUUGGCGAAGGCUCUACCUCAUUCAAAAUUGGUGACAGGGUCAUGGCCUUUUCGGAUUCUCUGGAGGCUUUUGCGGAGCAUAUCGCCGUUCCGGAAACUAUCGUCUCACGUGUUCCUGCUUCUUUAAGCGACAUCGAUGCAGCCUCGUUGCCCAUCCCAGCGGUCACGGCGUGGACUACACUUCACUACGCCGGCGAAGUCCAUUCUGGAAUGAAGAUACUCAUUCAUGGCGCAUCCGGCGUGGUCGGUGCUUUCGCUGUACAGUUUGCGAAAGCCUCGGGCGCCUUUGUGAUUGGAACCGCCUCAGCCAAGAAUCGGGGGUAUGUGAUGAGCUUGGGUGCUGAUGAGUUUGUGGAUUAUCAGACGGAGAAGUUUGAAGAUCGUGCCAAAAAUAUCGAUCUUGUCCUAGACUAUGUUCAAAUCGGUGGUAGCAUGGACACUACGGCGCGGUCAUGGGGUACUUUGAAGCCUGGUGGUGCUUUCGUGACAGCGGCAGACCCAGCUCUGCUAGGCAACGUGCCUGAAGGGUUCAAGGGGUUUUUCCCACGUAUCGCCACCAACCCUGCUGCUCUGGAAAGGAUUGCAGAGCAGGUAGCUACCGGCCACAUCAAGUCUAAGGUUGCCCGGGUUUUCCCUCGCGGAGAGCUGGUUCAGGCCAUGGAGAUGAAUAAGUCUGGGGGUGUGGCUGGCCGGCUUGUGGUCGAUUUCAAGCGCGUUUGA